ACAGGACAGGCGUGUUUAGCGGAAGUGUUUCCGGGUAAGCCCGUGUCCUUGUGUCUGAGUGUUCAAACAUGGCUGGCGUUACGAGGAUCAGCGCUCUUUGUAACCGGGGUGUAAAACCUCUGUUCCUCAGUAAAUCUCUCCUGGCUCGGACCCUGGUGUCCUCUAAAAAGACCAGGGACCCCCCAGUUCUGCUGUCCGCACAGAUCCACGCGUCCCCUGCACAUUACGCUGCUGGCUCGAAGGCGGCAUCAUUGCACUGGACUGGUGAGCGAGCGCUGAGUGUGGCGUUACUGGGAAUGAUCCCAGUAGCCUACAUGUACCCAGGCCCUGCUAUGGACUACUCCCUUGCUGCAGCACUUACUCUCCACAGCCACUGGGGCCUUGGCCAGGUGCUGACGGACUAUGUCCACGGAGACGCAGCAAUCAAAGCCUCCAACGCAGGGCUCUUCGCUCUCUCUGCUGUCACCUUCGCAGGCCUCUGCUACUUCAACUACCACGAUGUGGGCAUCUGCAAGGCUGUGGCCAUGCUCUGGAGCCUCUGAGUUAUCGGCAUGGGGGACAAUUCACUUCAUUGUAAACUUCUCCUUUUUAUGAUUUAAAAGAGACUGCUAAAACCACCUAGUAAAUUGCAUCGGGUUGCUUAUUUCCAAGGGCUGCCUUGGAUCAGUCAAUCAGCCGUCUGAGGCAGAAGUCAUUAGUGUGAUUUCUAAUUCGCCUCCUGUAUCUUUUCAGAUUUGCUCAGGUCAGCUGCUUGGUUAUAUCCAGAGCCUGGAAAUUGCCUAAUACAAUUGAAUUUCAACACUUCAUUCUGUAGUCACUGUAUAGUCCAUAGUAAUCAUUAUACAAAUAUAGAGCAGUGUUAAUUUUGAGGUACAAUUGGAGAUUCCUGAAGGCACUUGGCUUGAAUCCUCAGAUUCUUGUAAAUGCAAUAUAGACAGUCUCUGCACUUCCAGUAAGUGUUACCUGUGUGUAAGAGAGAUGGAUUAACUGAUACUGUAUCAAUAGUUCAUGUAUUAUAAUUGUUUACAGAAAGUGUUCCAGACUUUUUCAUUAAAGGAUUGAGACAGUG